GCCAACAGCUUCCAUCGAGUCGCGAAGUUGCCACCUCCUCUACCUCCUCCUCUACCUCCUCCUCUACCUCCUCUACCCCCUCUACCUCCUCUACCUCCUCAAUUGCCUCGCGACAUCAACGACCCUCCCACAGCAACAGCGGCAGCGGAAUCAGCAACAACGAAGUCAACACCCGCCACUGAGGCCUACACCGCCAUGCAGCCUGCGGUCUCUGCCCAAGCCGCGUCGCAUUCUGCGGGGGAGAUUCAGGCGAGGGGCGGUGGCUGCGAGGAGGAGGAGGAGGAGGAGGAGGAUGAAGCGAUGCAGUUGCUGACCAUCGUAACCGGCGAUCUCAUCUCCGGCUACGUGGCUCACCUGACGCAGCAGACGGAGCAGCAGCAGCAGCCUGUGCAGCAGCAGCAGCCUCUGCUGCAGCAGGGGCUGCAGCAGCAGCUGCAGCAGCAGCUUCAGCAGUUGCAGGAGCAGCUCCCGGCGGUGCAGCAACAUCUCCUGCUGUCGCAGCAGCAGCAGCAGCAGCAGUGGAUGGAGAAGCUCUGGCAGCAGCAAUUCCAGCACAUGCAGCAGGUGCAGGAGCAGCUCCAGCAGGUGCAGCGGCAACAGGAGCUUGUGCAGCAGCUGCAGCAGCAGGAGCAGCUCCUGGAUGUGCAGCAGCAGCAGCAGCUGCUGCAGGAGCUGCAGAAGAAGUAUCAGCUCCAGGAGGUGCAGCUGAUGCGUCGGUUCAAGCAGCUGCACCAAAUGCAGCAGGAGCAUUUCCAGCAGUUGCAGCAGUUCAAGGAGUGGCAGGAGCUGCAGCGGCAGGCGCGGAAAAUACAGCGGCAGCUCCGGGAGGUGCGCUCGCUGCUCCAGACCUCCCGGCGGCUGGUGCGGAUGCGUGUGGAGCUUCUGCAGGAGGCGCUCGACACCCGAGGAGACGCGUUGCUGGCGGAGUUCGAAGCCUCCAUCCCAGACUUUGUGAGGCGCGCGGAGGAGCUGGCGAAGCAAGUGGACCCGCGCCGGCUGGUCGUGACCCUGGCCUGGCAGGUUCUCACCGCGGGGCCCAUGAGCUGGGGCUGCGUGCUGUCCAUGGUGGUGUUUUGCGCGCUGCUCGUCAAGAACCUGAGGGCCUCCGGUCGUCUGGGCGACUCGGAGGAGACUUGGCCCUUGACGGACGCGGUGGCCGCUGUGCUGUUGACCACAUGCAAGACCUGGCUCAUGGAACAGGGAGGCUGGGAAGCCCAUCACAUCGGGGAAGCUCGCUUGGACGCUGACUCGACGCUUCCUGAAGGACGAUUGGAGGAAGCUUUGGACGGUUUCGGUUGGCGUCCACCGCCCGACACGUCCGGCUCGGAGCUGGCGCCUUCCCCGCCGGCGCCCGGCGCCGCCCCGGCGCUGUCGCCGUCGUCGCCGUGGCCGCCCCGCAGGUCCGCCGACUUGUGCAGGGAGCCGGCCCAGCUGCCGUGGCCGAGCUUGCAGAUGCGCGCCUCCCGCUGCUGGUACCGGGGCCCGCCCAGCUCGCCCGGCCGCCAGCCCAGGGCGCCGGCCGUUGGCUCGGCCGCCGCGCUCCACCGGCCGGCGCCGCGCUGCGGGCGCAGGAUGGACGUGGGGGCCAGACGCUCUCCACCGCCGCUCGGCAUCGUCACCGCCGUCAUGGCCGUCGUCGUCAUCGUCGUCGUGGUGGCGGCGCGAGGUGUCAUAGUGAGCGAUGGACGCGGGCCGCACCAGCGCGGGCAGCGCACCGCCGCCGCCGCCCACCGCCGAGCCCACCGCGCCGCCCGCCCCGCCGCCGACACCGUACGCCGUGGCCGCCGGGACGGGCACUGCUGGUUCAUACCGCACGCUCAGGUUGGCGCGGGCAGCCUCCGCCUUCCUCUCGCGCCUCUGCAGCAGCGCGGCGAUGUAGGCGGUCGCCUUGUCGGCGCCGAGUGGCGCCGCUACGGUCGCGGUCACCUCGUCGUCCGCGCCGGCGUCGUCGUGGCGACGGUGGCGGCGGGCGCCAUCGCUCAUCGGAGGAGGUUUUUCCGUCGGGCGACGCGGCGGCGUCGCGGUCGUCGCCGGCGCCUCGCCGGUGCAGGAAUGCGGAGCUCUGCAUGGCGACGGCGUGCAGCGGGCUCGGGUAGCGGUACACCUUCGGAGCUGUCCCGCGAGCGCAGGUCGCAGUGGAAAUGCGGGUCGGGGUCACGACCCGGGCGGAGGUCACGAGGUCGGCGAGCCCGACCGGGGACGUCCGCGCGUCUGAGCCGCCGCCGAGGUCGUCUGCGGAACGAGAGGAAGGAAGAUGAGAUGCGGAACGCGGACGAGGUGGAGCCGCGCCGGAGCCGCAGUUCCCGCAGAGCCGCGACGCUCAACUCCAGCCGCUCGCGAAUUCUCUCCGGCGGAGCGGACCGCAGAGUGCCUUGGACAUGUGGCCAGGUACUGGGCCGAUUCUGCUGCGAGACCCGAGUGUGUGCUUCGCCGGGGAGAGAUAUCAAAAUGGACGAGCGGUGCAUGCAUCAUGACGAUGAGGAGCUGCAGCAGCAGCAGUCUCCAAACAAUUGGAAGGCUCCUUCACUCACCAUGCAGAAUGCAGCUCAGUCUGUGCAGCAGUAUCCUCCUGCCUUGGCAGAGGCAGCAACCCAGACUUGUCAGUCUCCACAGGCUCAGCCAGUUGAGCACACCCCACAAGUGCCUAAGGUGUCUUCUGGCAGCAGUCAGCGACCGAGUGGAGAGGCGGCUUCUGAUACGAACUCCCAAGGCUGCGUGAAAGUGGUGCACGACAUGCUGAUGACUUCAAGCAACUGUGGCAGCAAUUGGCCAUCCGACCAAGAAGACAUAUUUCACCUCCUGGUGCACGGGAGAGAACAUUUUGAAAUAUUAAAAAUCAAGGAAAGCCUGGAGCUGGUCCGAAUGCUGCCCAAGGAUGUUGUAGUGUUGCGCAACCUGCAGCAACAACGAUACGUGACGGAAUUGCGUGGCAGGCCGUCCAACCUCAGCCGACACGGCAGCGAGUGUUCACAGGAAGUCUUGGUCGGCAGCCAGGGACCCUCCAGUGCUGGCGAAGGUUCCUCAUCAGGCGUUGCACAGAAUGUUGUGACGGGUGAAGCGAGUGGAUCCAAUGGUCCCCCACGGCCACCGGACGGAGACAACCCACCGGCCCGGCUUGGAACCCUGCCGGACAGCGGCAAGCCUGGCAACGCUCUUUACAACUUCCUGAAACAAAUCGACUGCUUGGAGUUUUUGGAGAAUUUCACUUCGCGUGGAUUGUCGAGUGUCCAACAGCUGAUGACGUUACUCUACAGGCAAGACUUGGAUGAACUGAGAGUCCCAGAAGCCAAAAAGCGACUGCUGCUGAGUGGAAUCGAAGAGCAUCAUCGUGUGUCGACCACGAUCUCCAGCGAGACAACGCUGCAGCGCUCGUCCAGUGAAGAGACAGUCCACCUCAGCUCCGAGGACGACGACGAUGACGGCAUCGACACCAAGGACGGCAUCCGUGCCAAAGUGUUCCCAGCGCUGCGGCCCUCUGGCAGGAAUCUGUCCUCUGUCGGCAAUCGGUAUCGCAAAAGCAGCAUUGCCAAAUACAAUUUGCGAGCGUACGCUCGCCAAGCCGUUGACUUUCCUCGUGCUGGCAGCUGGGGAGGCAGUAGCAGCCUGGAGGUGCCCAGGAGCAAGAUGCCAAAAUUGUCUUCAUGCUCUGACAUCGAAGAAGAGGAGGGGCUGGAGUGA